AUGGCGUCCCCUAUGCUUGAGAGUCGCAUCGAACCGCACAAGAAGGCGCACUUCAGUCUGCACAUCAGCGACCGCAUAACAGGCAGCGACGACGCGCCAGGGGAGUUUAGCAGCGUCAAAUACAACCACAAGCCCCCACAAACAUCCGACUCGCGCUCGACAACGCUUACUUCGCCCUCGUCGACCGGCCUAUACAACCUCCGCAUCGACGACACGAACAGCUCCGGCAACAAGGACAUCUUCACAUUCACAGGGCAGAAGUCACAACCCAAGAAGUCAUACGUCCUCGUAUUCGAUCCCGCCAGCCAGCAGGCCACGCUCGAGCCGCUGUCCAGCAGCUACACCUUCAACCUCGCGACCAAGAACGGCAAGGACGUCUCGUCACAACACGCCAAGAUAUAUCCCAAGAAACUCAAGGGUGACGCAGAGAGCAAAGAUGGCGAAGAAGAUCUCUUCGGCGAGGCGGCGGCUGACGACGAGGGAGGGGACCCUGAUGCAGACAACCCCUACGACUUCCGACACUUCUUGAGCAAGGAGAAGGAGAAACGGGGCGACGAGUCCGAAUACAAAUACGCGUCUUCGCCAGACUACCGCACAGGCACAGGCAGCGCCGUCAAUACACCUCAGUUCGGGGCCCGCGCCUCUGCGACUGCUGCUCCAGCGCGGAAGGCUGCCGCUAUACCAGCGCCCAAGAAGCGCAAGACAGCGGCCACGAACCCCAUGGUAAAGCCCAAGAAGACGCAAGCCACACCAGCCGUCCGCCUCCAGCGCACCGCAACCGACACAACACCAAAGCCCAAAGCCAAGCCCGCAGCACCGCCAGCGUCGAGAAUCAAAUCCUCCGAGGUCAUACACUCGUCUGACGAAUCCGACGGCGAAGCAGCUUCCUCGCCAGCACAUCCAUCGCCUCCUCACCAACAACAUCAGCAACACCACGAGUCCGACGACGACGACGACGACGACGCAGAGGGCGAGUCAGACGAUGACGGUGGCCUCGAGAUCGAAGUGCCCGACGCACGCCCACCACGACACAACAAGGGCGCAAUGGCAUCUCUCGGCUCAAACCUCAAUGCAGGUUACCUCCGCUCCCCCUCCAACGGCCCGAUAUCGCUCGCCAGCGCCGCCAACAGCGACGGCGAAGGCUCGCCGAACCCCCGCCGCAAUCGCAACGCUCAAGACGAGAUCGACUUUGGUGAUCUGGGCGGCGAUGAUGCAGAAGGUGAGGAUGAUGAUGAGGACGAUUACAACAGAGACAUUGAACCUAUGGACAUUGGGCCGCCUGCGCGACAGGAGACGGCAGGUCAUGACCGCAAGUCCAGCAUGGCUGGUGAAGCGGCAGCAGCUGACGACGAUGAGGACGAUCUUGAGGAGCUUAUGAGAAGAGGUUUGAUGGGCGGGGACAGCAGUGAAGAGAGUGAGGAGGAGUGA